UGUGAGUUAAUUUAGUCACCAGUUUACAAACGAAUCGACUCUGAGACAAGAGGCUCUGAGAUAAGAAUUCGGUUGUAACUUAGUCAUUCUUUUGCUCAUUGGGAAUUUACUUAUAUUUUGAGACGAGACUUCGUGUUUUUUUAACUGUGCUGUUUUCCAGCAAGGUACGAAACAUUCCAAAGGUGCGAUAACAAAAUGGUUCCACAAUCUUCUCUUCUAUCGCCGAGUGGCUCAAGCUCCAGCGGCCCAUCUUCACCAGAAAGUGAAGGAGGAAACGUCGAUAUUUUUCAUUCCAACUUGAAAAUAUCUGAGGAUAUUGUUCAAACGAACUGGAAGGCAAAUAAUGGACACAUCAAAAGACCUAUGAAUGCAUUUAUGGUCUGGUCGCAGAUACAGCGACGAAAAAUUAUGGAGAACGCUCCAGACAUGCACAACGCUGAAAUCUCCAAGCGAUUGGGCAAGAAGUGGAAAACGCUGGAUGAGGAGGAGAAACAACCAUUCAUUGAGGAGGCCGAACGACUGAGGCUUCUACACAUGCACAACUACCCAGAAUACAAAUACAGACCACGAAAGAAGGUAACGAAACCAAGUGCUAAAAGCAAUACAGAAAAAUCUAAUGGACAGGUCGUUUCUAAGGGACGAGUAACUAAGCCGAAACUUAAAGCCAACAAACCUGUACAGUCGCAACAGAGCAAGGACAGAGUACCUAAGCUCAGACUAACCAUUGACAAAAAAUUCAGAGAUAGUAUUCGUGCUAGCAAAGCCGUGGAACUCGCUCCUAAUCAACUCACUCCACCGGCUGAGGUGCCUAGCCCCAGUGGAAGUAAUCCGGAUUCACCGAUGGAAAACACGAGUAUGUACGAUGACUACACAUGUGCAAAACCUACGAUAUAUCAUCAACAGACAACGCAUAGAAUUCAGCAACUCGAACCAAUUCCUACUGUACCAACUGUAAGUAACACAGCCAUGCAUCAUCUUCAACAGCAACAACAACAACAACAACAUAUUUCUUUGGACAAUAAUCAGAACUUUACCUCAUUGGAGUAUCCAUUCGCUGCUGACUGGCCUGCGCUCGAUCUUGGAAGCAUGCUAACGAAUCUUGGAGACCUCUCCGACGAGCUAAGCCCCCUUGAUUCAUGCGACAGCGGAAGUACACAUUUCGAGUUUCCCGACUACACGACACCCGAAGUGAGCGAUUUGAUCGGCGUCGAUUGGUUGGAUUCCGGCUUACCGCCUUUAUUAUAGAUUACAAUUUAUUCUUUAUAGAGACAUAUUUAUGUACGUUAUAUUCCACGUUUGGACUCUUUAACAACAGCCUUGGACAAUGUAUGUAUAUUUUGUUCCCGACCUUGCAACCUCGGCACAACCGAUCAACAUUUAUAGAACUUUAUCGGAGACUGUGGAAAAUGUAACAUAAAAGCUUAUUUAUCAUUGGUAAUAUUUAUGCAAUCAAUAUUUUCGUUUAAAUUUUUUUAAUCAUUGUGUAUUUCAUAGCUGCUUCCCUUUUUUAAAUACUAUUUUGUAUCAACUUUUUAUAUUGAAUCACAUUUUUUGUUAAAAGUAAUCACUUUACAAUGUUUUAAAGAAUGAAUUUUAGGCGACAUUCUUAGUCUGCAUUUCUACCAAAUUUAAACUAAUGAACUCGCAUACGGAUGCAAAUACAGCCUUGUUACUGUUUUAACGAUUCCUUUAUAAUCCUAAUACUAUUACUAUUCUCUGUCGUAACGUUUGUUAUCAGAGAUCGUCCAAUCAAAUCGCUUUUAACUGGCGGGCCAGCUUAGUAAGUUUCCUACAAAGAUAGCUAUUUUACAACUCUAUGUAUUUGUACUGAUUUUUUCACAAGAAAACGUCUAUUCUUCGUAUACAUAGAUAGCAUUUACCUCUGGUUUUAUUUCGUUACUGUUUAUUUUUUUUAGAUAAUUCACUUAACUUGUUACGUUGUAACUCCUGCAAUACAAAUUGUGUAUGUUAAGAAUUAUAUUAUGCAAAACUUAAGGUCCUUCCCAAAACAGUCACGUUUUCCUCGUAAUACUGUUUCUUUUUUAAUAAAAAAAAUAAUGACUAUGAUUCCAGUUUAAUAUCCAUUCAAUAAUACUGGUAACUUCCAGAUUCUUGUGUUUUCAUAGAUAAAAUGUUUUCAAACCUUGUUAAUGAUGAUGGUGGGAAAGGGAAUAUUUUUUUGUUUUGUUUAUGUACAAAGACUCUGUAAGUAUAAAACUAAAUAUUAUCUGUAAUAUAUUUUUGAGUAGAACUACUGUUGAUUUGAUACGAAUUUGAUAAAGAAAACAAAUUUCUAGUUACAAAAAAAUACAUGAAAAGAUAAAAAUUAA